CUGUAGUUUACAGCAUCACCCAGUACAGUCCAGAUCUUCGGAGAACAAACUUGGUGAAACCUUUUUUGUAAAUAUUUGAACUGAGAGCUCUACAUGCUCCGUGCUCCCGUAAAUCACAGCUGUUUGGCCCUCCAGCUGCCAGUCAACAAGGUUGAACUGAAGGCGAUUCGCCUGGAGAAGAAUCACGAAGAUGACUUUCAAAGAGGGAUUUCGAAGAUUUUGGGAUGAUCUUCUGACUCCCAAGCUCGUUCUCAUGAAGAUCAUAUUUUUUUUCUUGUUAGGAGGUAUUGUGAUGCUCUGGCCACAAUUUACCAUUCACCAAGAGGCAAUCGGACUCACCAAAUACCAGACGGGCAUUAUAGGAACCGUGAUGUCCGCCGUCACCAUCGUGGUUCCGCUCCUCGCGGGCGUCAUCGGAGACAAACUGGGCGAUUACAAGUCUGCUCAUGUGAUGGAUCAACCUUUUUUACGGGUGGCGUUAAGAUCUCAACAGUGGUGCUGGGGGCCAUUCCUUUUCACGGUCGUGCCUCGGGCCGAGACCGCGACCUUUGGGUCUACUGAUAGUGAAGUGAGUUUGGGAGCUAAAACAAACGACAUGGUAUGCAAAACAACCGGUGCUGCAGGUGCCGACGGGCCAAGAGCAUGUGUAACAGAGGUACGAGUAGGCGUGGGAAGGUCGAGCUCAGCUACCGGGAGACGCGUGACCCCGAAGUCAGGUACUCCUGUGGCACGCUUAAGUAUGAUCUUCUACUUGUCAACGGGCAUCCACAUUCUGACUGGAGGAUUGAUGAUGUUUCUAAACGUGGAAUUCAAGAUGCCUGCUCAGUCGCUCUCCAAACAGCUCCUCAAGCACCUCGCCAAUGCGGAGGUUCUGAUGUUCCUGGGAGCCAUGCUGGCCGUCGGGGUGUGUAUUGGGUAUAUUGAGACCUUCAUGUACCGCUACCUGUCCGAGCUGGGUGCCUCUCCGUUCCUCAUCGGCCUCACGGUCACCGUCGGGGCUCCUAUCGAGCUCCCCUUUACCCUAGUCUCCUCCUCCUUGGUGGCCAAAGUAGGCCACGCGCCCGUCAUCAUGCUGGGGCUGUUGGCCUACUCAGUCAGGCUAUUGGGUUACAGCUUCCUGUCUAACCCGUGGUGGUCGUUGGUUUUGGAAGCACUCGAGGGUGUAGCAAAUGGACUCAUGUUCCCAGCAGGAAUUAUGUACUGCACUGUCCUCUUCUCUAUGGAGACCAUCACUUCUUCCAGAGGAUUAAUGGGCUUUACCUACUUUGGCAUUGGAAAACUCGUUGGCACCGUCGUCGGCACCGAGAUUCGAGAGUCGCUGGGCGAUGUUCAAACAUUCCGAUGGCUCUCGGGCGCUGCUCUUGUUGCGACCGUGUUAUAUUGCGUUGGGUUUGCAGCUCUAAAGAGGAAGAGUAGCAGGGCGGCCGCGGCUCCACAGCUGGCGCCACCGAACGGAAAGCGAGACCUGGGCGGCAUAGACAACCUGGCAAUGGAGUCCGGUUCCCAUUAA